AUGGGCUCCCGGUUGAGCCGGCAGAGCAGCCUGGAGGAUGAGAGCUCCGGGGCCGAGGAACCCUCCGGCCGUGCCGACUUCCACCUCUCUUCGUUGUUGCUAAAUCCGCAGAAGCUGCCCGGGGUGCUGCGGAAAGCCUCGCCCGCUCCCUACGUGCGGAGGGUGGGGUGGCUGCGGGAGAUUCAGGCCACCAUCCGAGAACACAAGCGGGAGCACGCCGUGCACAUCCUCAGGCUGCUCAGGAAGGACCUGGGACUGGAAGGAACAUUCCUCAAUGAAGUCCUCUACAAAAAUGCAACCUUCCUCAACUUGGUGGAUCCCAUCUCCCAUGACCUGCUGAUGAGCCUUGCUAGGGACCUGCAGUGUCCCAAAAAGGAAUACGACCCCUGGAAGUCCUCAGAUAGGAUCUGCAGGCAGCUAAUCUACCACCUGACCCCACACUCCAAAUGGCACCGGCAUGGCAUGCCCCGCAGGAAGUCCCAAAUGUGCCUGAAGAACAGCCUGCAGAAGAAGGUGAGCCAGGGCUCCAUGGAUCUGUCUGGGAUCCCUCUGACCAUGCGGGACGUGCACCGCAUGGCGUACUACCUUCAGAACAACGGGGACCACCUCACCUCCGUGGACCUGAGCUUCACCGAGCUGAACGACGACAUGGUGCGCCUGCUGCUGCCCUUCCUCUGGGCGCUGCCCAAGCUCACCCACCUUUCCCUCAACGGCAACCGACUGACGCGAGCAACCAUGAAGGAGCUGACUGACACCAUGAAGGACAUGAACAAGUUCCCUUGCCUGGCUUGGGUAGACCUCGGCAACAACGUGGAUGUCUCAUCCAUGCCGCAGCCUUUGCUCGUGGGCCUGCGCAAGCGUCUCAGCCAGCAGACCACGCUGCCAACCAUUUAUGAGGCUCUCGACUGUGACCCAGAGAUCCCCAGUGGGCAGGAGGGCGGCCGGCCGGAGGGCGAGGAAGCAGGGAGCACCCCACGGCUUGCUGUCCCUCAGCAGGGCUGUGAGAGGUGACUGGACAACGAGCCGGCUCUGGCACACUUGAAGCCGCCCCGAGGAGCAGUUCUGAGUCCAAACGCCAAGCAGAGGGCCAGCUUGACCGGCUUCCUUCAGCACUUCUCUCUCACCUUCCCUGACAUCUCCCUCCAGUUUGCUGUGAGACAAAGCCUGUUGUUCCCCAAAAUGUGCUCUGCUCCCUCCCCUCGCUGCCGAACCCAUCGCCCACAUUACGGAGAGGAACUUACAGCAAAGCUGGUCCCCAGGCUGGGCUUUACUGGAAGACCUGUCGGAGUCAACCAUUUCUUCCAGCAGCCAUUGGGUUGAGGGAAAGUGAUGGGGGAAACUUAAAACAGAAACAGGCUUGCAGUUUACUUCCUUUCCUUCUUUUCCUAGGCACCUUGGAAAGCUUGGGACCUGCAGUCUUGAGUGUGAAAGGAGGUACCCCAAGAGCCUAGCUGUUGUGGAGCUUCGUUGAAAGGCUCAGAGGCCAGAGCUGGAGCCCGGCAGUGUCUCCCUCUUGUGUCUGGCUCUUUUUGUUUUGCUCUUUUUUUUCCCCCCCCAUUGUGUGUUUUGUAUUAAUGUCUGAACAAAGGGACUUGGUCAGAGACCAUCGGAUUGCAUAGGCUGGGGCAGACACAUGGCUUGGAACUGCAGCAUCAGGAUAUUUGUUGUGUGA